CUCCAAACUGUGUGUUAUCAACUCUACGGUUGAUAUUGCCUGUCAGUUCAGCCUAGUGUGAAAUUCAUAAAAUUUGUAUGUUAUAUUGUUUUAUUACACGAAGAAUACAAAAUGUCAAUAUGUGAAUUAUGAAAUAACUUUAAAUUUUUGUGACUAGUAUGAAAAUCAAUGCGGUUUUUCACAACUGACUUGUGUCACUUUAAUCUAAAAAUGGAAUUAAUUUGUAAGAAUCCGCCCAAGUAAUUUGCUGGAAUGGCGUCAGGAUGUUAUUAAAGAAAAUGUCAAAUCUAAAUAAUCAUUGCCAUUUUCUCUUAUUUACACAGAAAUAUGAGUGAUUUAAGACAAUCUACAUGGUGUUAAAAUGCAUGUAACUGUGAAUUUUAUACUACAAAAUGUACACAAGCAAUAUGACUGCCGAUUAAGUGUUUCACAAAUGGAAUAGAUGAUGUUUCUAUCUUGUCCUGCCACUAGAGUUUAAAAAGGAAAAUGAAAACUGGAAAAAAAAGAAUCAGACACACGAAGUUGAAAAUGUUCAAGUAACAAUAAUGAAGAAGAUAUAUUCAUACUGUAGAUCUAAGUUACUUUUCACCUUCUUCCUGGUUGCUCUCUUUGUGCGAGGAGAAGCGAAGGCGACAUUCUGCCCGAACCUAUGCACAUGUGAUGAUGAAACUUUAGAAGUUUCUUGCAUUGGUGCAAAUUUAGAUGUCAUUCCAAUUGCAUUAAAUCCAAGUAUUCAACGCAUAGUUUUGAAAGAUAAUAAAAUAAAGGCAGUUGAAGCUGCAGCAUUUCAAUUUUACGGUGAUCUGAAAGCUGUCGAUCUAUCGAACAAUCACCUUUUUUCCAUUCCAAACGGAAGUUUCGAAGCACAAAAGCAACUUAUAGAACUGCAUCUAAAGCACAACAAACUCUCUUCCAUAAAUGAGAAUACAUUCUUAGGUCUAAAGUCGUUGACUAUUUUGAACUUGCGAGACAAUUACCUUGAAAUAUUAAAAAAUGGAUUUUUUAAUUCUCUUUCAAAACUUCAAGAAAUCGAUCUGGGCCAAAAUAGAAUAUCCCACGUUGAGUCGAACGCAUUUCAGAAGUUAGUGAUGCUUCGAGUGCUCUAUUUAGACGAUAAUCAACUCCGAGUUAUUCCUUCAAAUGCCCUAAGACCCCUCAAUGCUCUUGCCGAGCUUCAUAUUGGCCUAAAUGCUUUCACUUCCCUAAUCAAUGAUGGAUUUGAGGGUCUUGAUCGUCUAACUGUCUUGGAUGUAUCUGGAGCUGGAUUAGAUAACAUUACUGAAAAAGCAUUUAAAGGCCUUAGUGCUCUACGAGUGCUGAAACUUAAUGGUAAUAAACUCAAGGAAAUUCCCACGAAACAAUUAAGUCUGCUGCUUCGUUUAGAGGAAUUAAUAUUGGGUCAAAAUCUGUUUACUGACGUGAAGACUGCCGCUUUUCAAGGUUUAUUUAAUUUGAAGAAACUUGAUAUUUCUGGAGCAAAAAUGCUGACUACUAUUCAAGCGGGAGCAUUUUCUGACAAUUCAAAUCUUGAAACGCUAAUUUUAAAUAGCAACAAACUUCUUAGUGAGAUGGAAGACGGAGCUCUAGCUGGUUUACCUAAUCUAAGACAUUUACUCUUAAGGGAUAAUGCUUUUACUGGAUUUUCUGAAUCAUUGGUGUCAUGGAAUGAACUCCGACGUUUAGAUAUUGCUGAAAAUAUGUUGGUGUGUGAUUGCAGAAUACUUUGGUUAGCUGAAGUACUUGUUUCCAGAAACUCUUCUCCUGUGCUGUGUUCAGAACCUGUUAAUAUGAAAGGGAAACCUCUGAAGGGUAUGCAACCAGAUGAAUUGGGAUGUGCUUUCUUCGAUCCCCGAAAGCAAGCGUUGCUGGCUACACUCUGCGUUGCUGGGAUCGCUCUUACUUUUGGAAUCGGUCUUAUUCUCUACUAUAGAUUUCGCAGAAGAGUCCGUGAUGUUCUCACUGAUUACAAGUGGAGUCAUCGUGCAAUAUCUCGAAAAGAACAUGAAUACAGAAAAACUUUCUCAGAGGAAGAGUACAUUGUUCGCGCUGCGCACACUCACCACCACGACUCGCAAUCUCAACAUUAUCUGCAACAGCAGUCCCAGUUGUCUGCCCACCAACUGCCGACAAGCAAUCGACCGGUGCCUGUGACGGAACUGUAGCUAGAACUUCGGGCAGCGAGCCCUGGCAAUAGCGGUGUUUGGUUUUUGCCACACGACGGCACUAGUCUCGCCGAUGGUUUCUCCUACAUCGACAGAGACAUGGUGCGGCAAAAACAAUGUCCAGGGAUGCUGUCCAAUGCAGGUGUUUGUCACAGUUUGGCAUGUUCUAAUUCAUGUUCCUCAAUUGGCGAAUUACCUAGAGGUUCAGGAGGUGCGGGUAUUGGUGGAAGCACUAUUUCUGGCAGAAUACACAAGUCAGAUUAUUUCGGAAGGCAUCCGCCGCAACUGGCAACAUUGUCGUCUUUGAAUAGCAGUGCUGCCAAGAAAGAGAAUGCAACGAGGUAUCAAAAGUCUCCCUCUUCGAAGUAUCAACUCAUGUACAUACAGGCAUCAUGCUCUGCAAUUAACGGACAACCCAAUCAGUUUCAUCAGCGAGAUAGAAAUUGGCUGAAAUCGAGCCAAAACGUGCAAGUUGUUACUAUGCCUCAUUGUACGGAGGAAAUUCUGGAACUUGAAAUCCAUAGUAAUACGAAUCAAAGUGACUCUUAUCUUUAUCGUACAUAAACAAAUUUUUAAAAUAUUUAAAUAUUGUGACAAUUAAGGGCUGUAAUGUUAUGAAGUUUAUCUUUAUUUCCAGAACUGUUGAGUGCAAAACUUCAUCAGAGAUAUUGAUUGCAUGAGUAUUAUUUUCUAUUUAUACAAUAUACAAUGCUGUGUUGCAAUUGGAAUUACUUUUUUAUCAUGUUUGUAUAUUUUAAAAACUUACAUUUUUUGUAGUACAUUAUAUAAUGUAAACAAAAAAAGUCGGAAUAAGUGAAUAAUGAAAAUCCAUGUUGGAAAUGAAUGAAGAAAUUAAAGCGAUUUAUUAAUUAAAUGACACUUAAUUUAAAAAUAAAA